UUUCAUAAUAAAAGAAAUCGUGUUAACGACGCGUGGAUCGAUAUAAAAAACAACAUGGGAAUUCCAUGUACUGUAAAAGAACUCAAAAAGAAAAGAGAAUCUUUGAUGUCAGCGUACAGGGGUUACAAAUGUAAAAUCAAGAAAUCGGAGAAAUUAGGAGCUGUUUAUCGUCCGACAUGGUUCGCUUACAAGUUUAUGGAUGGAUUUUUGAACACUAUUUAUCAAUACAAUGGAGUUCGAAAUAAUCAGGGCGAACAAAAUAACCAUCAAAUUAAGAUAGAAGUCUCAGAUACAGAUGUCACAAAUACUGGUGAAACAUCACGCAAUGAAUAUAUAUCCUCGCAACAAACGCCAACGUCCACGAUACACAAAGAUAAUCAAGACAAUUCAGAUGAACUUCAGCGGGUGAAGAAUCAAAUGGAUCAGACAUUGAAAAUCUUAGAAACUGUUUUCCAGAAUCGUAAUGACGAGUAUGAUGAAUGUAAUAUAUUCGGGAAACUUGUAGCGAUAAAACUGCGUAAACUUCCUGAAGAUCGCAGAGACAUAAUGAUGUUUAAAAUAAAUGAGUUACUUUACGGCGAAAGUCAAAGCUACAAAAGGCCAAGGCCUCCCAGCUCGUCGGGACCUUAAACAUAAUGCUAAUAUUUCAAAAUUUUGCCGGUACGAUCACAUACUACAGCGAAUAAAAUGGUAGAGAAUCUGGGUCGACUCCCAAAAAUGACAUAAAUCUUUGAGGAACUCUGAUAAUGGCUUGUCAUGCACGAGAUUCUGAACAACAAAGCGACUAUAAAUCAUAUUUACAAAGAAAAACUUAACAAUGAACCUUCAUGUAUUUACUUGGCCGUUAGAUAUAGGCGCAAGAAAAUACAUAGACUGGUGCGAUCUAUAUAGUACCUACCUACGAACAAGAAACCGGUGGCUCCAUAACUGAAAUUUAAUGAAAGUUUCUUUCGGUGCAUAUUAAUAAUAAUUUUCUUUUAAUGAAUAAUUAAUGAACUUGAUUAUUUCUCUGUGCUCUUACA